UCGGCUGGUUUGAUUCAUCCAUUUUGAAGAGACAGGGGAGCGGGGGGCUCGUCUGAUUAAGGGGCCCUGAACCUAGGAGCGGCGGAGUUUGAGAAGCCAGCAGCUUGGGGCUCGGCGGCAGCGGCCCCCUCGGCCGAAGUUGGGGGGGGUGGGGCGCCGAGCGCGCGGGGUGGGGGGGGUCCUGGUCUUUGGCUUCUCGACUCGGUCCUGUUUCGACAGCGAACAUGUCUCGGCCUGUCAGAAAUAGGAAGGUCGUUGAUUAUUCACAAUUUCAGGAAUCUGAUGAUGCUGAUGAAGAUUAUGGAAGAGAUUCGGGUCCUCCAGCUAAGAAAAUUCGAUCAUCUCCCCGAGAAGCUAAAAAUAAGAGGCGAUCUGGAAAGAAUUCACAGGAAGAUAGUGAGGACUCAGAAGAAAAAGAUGUGAAGACCAAGAAGGAUGAUUCUCACUCAGCAGAGGACAGUGAAGAUGAAAAAGAAGAUCAUAAAAAUGUGCGCCAGCAACGGCAGGCAGCCUCUAAAGCAGCCUCUAAACAGAGGGAGAUGCUCAUGGAAGAUGUGGGCAGUGAAGAAGAACAAGAAGAAGAGGAUGAGGUGCCAUUCCAGGAGAAAGAUUCCGGCAGUGAUGAGGAUUUCCUAAUGGAAGACGAUGAUGAUAGUGACUAUGGCAGUUCAAAAAAGAAAAACAAAAAGAUGGUUAAGAAGUCCAAACCUGAGAGAAAAGAAAAGAAAAUGCCCAAACCCAGGCUAAAGGCCACAGUGACGCCAAGCCCUGUGAAAGGCAAAGGGAAAGUGGGUCGCCCCACAGCUUCAAAGGCAUCAAAGGAAAAGACUCCUUCUCCCAAAGAAGAAGACGAGGAACCAGAAAGCCCUCCUGAAAAGAAAACAUCUGCAAGCCCUCCACCUGAGAAAUCUGGGGAUGAAGGAUCUGAAGAUGAAGCCCAGUCUGGGGAGGAUUAAAAGUGAUGAUGGUUUGGGGAGAGAUUUUAUUAAAAAAAGAGAAAAAAAAAAGAAAAAAGAAAAAAAGAGGGGAAAAAAAAAGAAAACCUACUUAAGAUAGAAUAUGGUUUUGGCUAUGGCUUGACUCAUGGGCUUUCAAUGCUUUUUUUUUUUUCCUUUUGUUGAAAAUAACAUUUUCUUCUUUUUCUUUCCUUUUUUUUUUUUUUUUUUUAAGAAAACCAUUGUAUGUUUAAUUUACCUUUUUUGUCUAUGGGUCUCUUUAUCACGACCCCCUCUUCUCCCUCCCCCUCUUUCCCAAUGAAAGCCAUGUUAAAUUAA